UUGAUCUGUAUAUGUAUAGUCAAUCACACUCUCCUAUCUAGUGAACCAAUGAUUAAACAGAAUAUAUUCUAAUGCUACCAUGACAGUGGCUUUGAAUAAACAAUGUGGCGGGCAAAUUGAGAAAUAUCCCAAAUCUGGUAAAAAUAGUCCGUUUUAUCUCCAAUUGACGUAUCGAAUCCUUGAUAAAAUACGAGAUAUGUAUUCUAUUGCUUUGCUCAAUGAUUAUUUUGUGAAAAGUGGCAUGGUCACCGUAGAAAUGUUUGUUAUGAAGACGUACAUCAAGCUCAAACACUGCAUUGCACAAUGUUCAUUGCACCAAUUGCACAAUGUUCAUUGCACCAAUUGCACAAUGUUCAUUGCACCAAUUGAGAAAUAUAUGAAGUUACAAACAGUAAGAGACUAUAUAUAACGAAUCAUCUGUUUUCAUAUAAAAUUAUACUUUAUAGACAACAUUAAUUUCAAAAGUAAAGAAAUACACUUGCAUUGUUAAAGGUAAACACGAGUAUAAUAGUUAAUGAAUAUAACAGAAUGAAAAAUAUUAUUUUCAAUAUACUUCUAUAGAUCAUAAAAUUGGAAUGCGAUUUUACAUAAAAUAUGCCUUGUUGUAUUAGGAAUAACAAAUGCAUUUGGUCAUUUUACUUUUAAUUCACAUCAUGGUCCAUUAAAUCACUUCAAAUGCAAACCUACAUUUUACAUAUCAUGAACAUAUGAUUGUACACAAUGGGCUUAGUAAAUAUAGUAUGUUGUAUUAAACACGUAAAUUCGGGACAGCAUCUUUUCCAUUCAAUCGAGGUUGGGCCAUGCAGCGGAAGGUAAGCCAUA